AUGGGAAAACAUGCGUACAAGUUGUUAAUUGCUGCCACAGGAAGCGUCGCUGCUUUAAAAAUUCCUGUUUUGUUAAAAUCUCUCACGGAACUGAGUUCUAGUGACGAGAGUUCGUAUAAUUUUGAGGUUCGUGUCAUUGUGACAGAGCAUGCGAAACAUUUUUUUGACUUGUCAGAGCUGCCGCCAGAGGUUUUGGUGUAUGACGACAAAUCAGAAUGGGACGCUUGGCAACAGAGAGGAGAUCCUGUGCUACAUAUAGAUCUUGGGAAAUGGGCUGAUAUGAUGGUCAUAGCUCCCUUGGAUGCUAAUACAUUAGCCAAAAUGGCACAGGGACUCUGCGAUAACCUUGUAACAUGCACGACUAGGGCAUGGGAUAUCAGAAAACCACUUUUAUUUUGUCCUGCUAUGAACACAAGAAUGUGGGAACAUCCUAUUACCAGUAAGCAAGUUGCAUUGUUAAAGGAAUGGGGUCACAUAGAUAUACCACCCAUUAGUAAAACUCUAAUGUGUGGAGAUACUGGAGUCGGAGCUAUGGCAGAAGUGCCAGUCAUUGUUGAUACAAUAAAAAAGUUAUCUUCCUCACAAAAUUGA